AUGGUUGUAUGGCCGAGUCCUAUCUCCUACCCCCACCUCCACGGUGUGCCGACUGGAAACGGAAUUCCGGUUCCGGCCAACGGGGAAGGCACAGAAGGCAAACUAUAUAAAACCGAACACCGGUGGGUCAACACCUGCAGCGACCAGAGAGGGCCAACAUCAAGCUCCAACCCCCGACAACAGACCGAAUGCUCUAUGCGAAGGCAACCGGAAAGCGGAGACCCAACGGCGAGACCACUCAGAGCCUCAGUACCAUCAUCUGAAACUGCCCCACAGCGGCCUUGCGUGCCCCGGGGAAUUAGUAGUAGGACACCCACAGCACGGUUGGUCACCGUCCGGGUUAUCGCAAUUGAUCGGGAAGGGGGCUCGGGUCUGUCGCCUCGAGUCUCCGUCGACCGGGCACCCGACGCAACGAGCAGUACUCAGAACGAACAUCAGACGGAGGAAACAGAAGGAAAACUGUAUAAAACCGAAACACCGGCAGUCAAACAUAGACCAGAUAGGGCAAACAUCGCUCCACCCGACGGAACACCAGCUGAAGACGGAACUCCGGGAGACGAGCAGAAAGCGAGCACACUGGCGCACCCGCACACCCAAUCACUUCAUCUGAAACUGUCCCACAGCGGCAGGCGUGCCCCGGGACAUUAG